AUGUCGCGUGCGGAACAGCGCAAGUUGACUGGCUGUUGCCAUAGAGGAGUGGUACGAGUCUCAAUUCUCAGCUCAGCGUCAUUUACUCGACUCCGUUGCCCGUUCCAUUCUCUUUCUCCCUCACUCUCUCCUUUUCUCUCAUCAUCUCCGUCGUCGUCGCCGUCAUCGUUGCUGCCCUACCCCCUGUCCGCAUUUUCCAUCAUGGGCGCGACGGAUCUCCUUCUCCUUCUCUUCACACACCCGAACGAAUUCCGCACCCUUACACAGUUCUGGAUCUACCAUGAACAGAAACGGGAUAUCACCUCUGCAAUCGAAUAUCCCACUUCGGGUUAUGACAGGGAGAGCAUGCGGAGGUGCUGGUACUUCCUCGACAUGACCAGUCGAAGCUUCUCCAGCGUGAUUAAAGAACUGGACGGUGAAUUAGCGCGUGUGAUAUGUUUAUUCUACCUUGUAUUACGCGGGUUAGACACUAUCGAAGAUGACAUGACGAUAGCUGACGAGGUCAAACAACCUCUGCUCCGAUCCUUCGCUCAAAAAUGUGCAACGCCAGGAUGGACAUUCACGGGAAACGGUCCUCGCGAAAGGGACAGACAGCUUCUCGUUGAAUUCAAUGUCGUUAUUGACGAACUCCUUCGGCUCGACCCCUCAUACCUAACAGUCAUUCUCGACAUUUGCGACAAGAUGGCACAGGGCAUGGCGGACUACGCGCACCUCGCGUACAAGACCGGUACACUUGGUCUCGGAAGCAUGGAGGAUCUUGACUUAUAUUGUCACUAUGUUGCUGGCCUUGUCGGGGAAGGCCUUUCUCGACUGUUUUCUGCGUCUGGGAAGGAAGUAUCUUGGUUAGGCGACCAACUCGCUCUUUCGAAUGCCAUGGGUCUUUUACUUCAAAAGACAAACGUCUUGAGAGAUUUCCGCGAAGACGUUGAUGCUGGGCGAUUAUUUUGGCCUCGAGCAAUCUGGUCAGAAUCCUUUGGCUUUGCGGACCCACGAGAAAUGUACAAACCGGAGAAUGAACAACGUGCUCUUUGGUGCUUGAGCGCAAUGACGCUUGACGCACUUCGACAUGCUGUGGAUUCGCUGGAGUAUAUCGCUCUACUGAAGACGCAGAGUGUAUUCAACUUCUGUGCAAUCCCGCAGACAAUGGCUAUGGCUACUCUAGCGCUUUGCUUUAUGAACCCCGCUGUAUUCCACCGAAAUGUGAAGAUUCGGAAGGCUGCUGCCGCAAGAUUAAUUAUGCGAUCAACAAAUCCACGCGAUGUGGCGUACAUGUUCCGAGAUUACGCGCGUGAUAUCCACGCGAAAGCUGUGCCUGCAGACCCCAAUUUUCUCCGUAUCUCCGUGGCAUGCGGCAAGAUCGAACUAUGGUGCGAAUCGCACUACCCUUCAUUCGUCCUCCUCCCAUCUCCAGGUUCCCAAGCCGGGUACUCACUCAAUGAACUCGACGCACGCGCACGUAUUGCACAUCGAGACGCCGAAAUUACAUCCGCAGUCCGCAGACGAAAACGUAUCGAAGAGCUCCGUGCAUCUGGUGCGAUCCAAAAUGGAGAACUAAGAGAGGCAGGUCCGGUACAUGACUUGACCACGUCGGAGUUAGUAAUGUGGAUUAUUGGGAUAUUUAUUGCCGCUAUCGCACUUGGCGGAGGGAUCGUAUGGGUUAUUAUCCGAUAUUUUAGUUGAGCGUGAACGUGGUCCGACAUAAUGCGCGUAACGUGAGUCGAGUUUGUUGAUAACAGGAAAUUAUGAGGUGCGACGAGAACUACGAUGAAUCUGUUUAUGUCGGUGAUGAUGUGGUUCUUGGGUGUGGACGGGUACGGCGAUGACAUUUACGGAGUUCCAUAGGCUCUACAAUAGUGUAAUCCUAUUCCUCUCCCAUAUACCUGCUUUGUAGAAAUGGAAAUAUUGCAGAAGUCUCCCGACCCC